AUGUCAACUGCAGAAACCUCUAGAAAAAAAAGUCAGGGAAGAAGAAAGAUAGAGAUGAAAAAAAUUACCAACCCGAAUAGUCUGCAAGUCGCUUUCUCAAAGCGUCGUGGUGGGCUCUUCAAGAAAGUCAAUGAGCUUUGCAUCCUCUGUGGUGGAGAGUUUGUUCUCAUCAUCUUCUCACCCAGUGGGAAGGUAUUCUCCUUUGGCAACCCUUGCGUAGAUGAUGUCAUCCAACGCUACCUCUCCGAGGCCCCCCAACCAACUUCCAAUGUCAUGCGACACAUUGAGGCUCAGAGAAGUGUCAAUGUGCAUGCUCGCAGUGAACAACUCACAGAAAUCAACAAUCGUCUGGAAGAUGGCAAGAAGCAAGAUGAACAGUUGAGUUGCCUACUCAAGGCAGCCUUUGGCCAGUUUGGGUGGGCUUGUCAAGUUGAGAAGAUGAGCAUAUCUCCGCUUAUGAAAUUCAAGAAGGCGCUGCAUAAGCUCAAGAAUGAUGUCACCAGCCAUGGUUCCGUUGUCGCUGCUACCAACCCACCAACACAUCAAUUUUUUGAUGUUUCAGGUGGUCUUGCCAACGCCAUUAUCCCUUUCAAUCACCCACCUCCACCGCCUCCUCGAAUGUUUCAAGAACAAUUUUUUCAAGGGCCCAUAAUGCAAGCUCAUAUAUUGUUUGGUUCGGAUAGCAUGGGAGGGUAUGGAGGACCCUUUGGAUCCUUCUAA